AUGCUGGAAAGUCUUGGUACACAAAUAGAAAAAGAUGGAUUGCUAGAUAAGUGCAGAAGACCAGAAAAUAAUGCUGUAUGCACUGAAGAAUGGUCCUCUCUUACCAAGAGGGUUUUGGAGGUCCUUCCAUAUACUCUUACUACUGGUCAACAACAUGCUGUUUCAGAAAUUAUUUGGGAUCUAAAAAGGCCAGUUCCAAUGAAUCGGCUUCUUCAGGGCGAUGUUGGAUGUGGAAAAACUGUUGUAGCUUUUCUUGCAUGCAUGGAGGUUAUUGGCUCUGGUUAUCAGGCUGCUUUCAUGGUUCCAACUGAGUUGCUUGCAAUCCAGCAUUAUGAACAUUUGCUUAAAUUGCUCGAAAACUUGGAAAACUUGGAUGACAGCGUAUGCAAGCCAACUGUUGCUCUACUCACUGGUUCAACCCCACUAAAACAAUCACGGAUGAUUCGUAAGGGUAUCCAAACUGGAGAAAUCUCAAUGGUCAUAGGAACCCACAGUUUGAUAGCAGAAAGUGUGGAAUUUUUAGCCUUACGUAUUGCUGUGGUGGAUGAACAGCAUCGCUUUGGUGUGAUUCAAAGAGGAAGAUUUAACAGUAAGUUAUACUAUGCAUCUUCAAAUUCAAACAUGGAAGAGGCCAUCACAGAUGAUUCCUCAAAAAGUGAUGCUUAUAUGGCUCCACAUGUUCUUGCAAUGUCUGCUACUCCCAUUCCAAGAACACUUGCACUUGCUUUAUAUGGUGACAUGUCUAUGACACAGAUAACUGACUUACCUCCUGGAAGAAUUCCUGUUCAAACAUUUACCAUUGAAGGAAAUGACAAAGGAUUUGAGGAUGUCUACAAGAUGAUGUUGGAUGAGUUGGAAGAUGGAGGAAAAGUUUUUCUUGUCUACCCAAUUAUUGAACUUUCUGAGCAGUUACCUCAGCUUCGUGCUGCCUCUGCAGAUUUUGAAGUUAUAUCACACCGAUUUCAAGGAUAUAAUUGUGGCUUAUUACAUGGAAAAAUGAAAAGUGAAGAAAAAGAAGAAACGUUAAGAAAGUUUAGAAAUGGAGAAAUUCAUAUAUUACUUGCCACUCAAGUAAUUGAGAUUGGUGUUGAUGUUCCAGAUGCAUCUAUGAUGGUUGUGUUGAACUCUGAGAGGUUUGGAAUUGCCCAACUACACCAACUUAGAGGACGAGUUGGACGUGGUAUAAGGCAAUCAAAAUGUAUACUAGUAACAUCAACUGCCAGUAGCCUAAAUCGUUUGAAGGUAUUAGAACAAUCAUCAGAUGGAUUUUAUCUUGCUAAUAUGGACCUUCUAUUAAGGGGACCUGGUGACUUGCUUGGAAAGAAACAAUCUGGACAUCUUCCUGAGUUUCCUAUUGCAAGAUUGGAAGUUGAUGGAAACAUUUUACAAGACGCUCAUGUUGCCGCACUGAAAGUAUUAAGUGUCUCCCAUGAUUUGGAGCAAUUUCCUGCACUAAAACUGGAGCUUAACAUAAGACAUCCACUUUGCCUACUAGGUGACUGA